UAGUUUCACAGGUAUCUAAAAAGCAUUACUUCGUAGCAAGUUACUAUAAUUAUGUUUUUUGAAAAUGCAGCUUCUACAUACAGCUUUUCUGAUGUAUACAGCUAUUUUCCAGUAUAUUAGGAUGUCUCGUGGUGACGAGGGAUAUUGGACUCUUGUCUACAAAAUAGCAACUGGAGGAAAUGAGAAGGCUUACGGCUUGUUCAUGUCUGACAAUCCAUUGAAUGAGAAUGACUUUGAAGCCAUGUCAUGUUCGGAAAACCAUGCAAAGAAGCAUUUCAAGUCGAGUAUAGUAAAUAAGUGGUCCACAAUAGGAAUAGAUCAGGUUAGAGUGUCGUUGUAUGUGAGCGGUAUGGAAAAGGCAUUUCUUUUGUUCAAUGGAAGUGAGACAACCAAAUCAAACUGGUUUAAGAAGAAUCGGCUCAUUGAUAGUAGCUACAUUGACCUAAACGACGACAAAGAUGUAUAUUACUUUUCUAUGGAGGGGGUAAGUGGACCAGCUGAUAACUAUGAUGACGACGGUAAAUUUAGUAGACGUUUUUACAUAAGAAAAGAGAAAGAAGGUGUUUGCCACAAAUCUGAUUAUGGUUGGUUACUUGUUGGAGAUGAAAUAGGCAACUGCAAAUAUGAGAGAAGUACAAACGAAAUACCAUUCAUUCUGUUCAGUAAUCCUCCAAAUAUUUCUAAAGCUAAGGACCAUAUAUUGGCGGAUAGUAUGGCAAUAUUUGUAAAAUUUUCCUUUAAAGCGGCGUGUUUAAGCCCAUUUGCCAUGAAAUGUGUUCAGCCCACGACCACAAUGGGAAAUGAAGAUCCCCAAAAUCAAUUAGACCAGAUCAUAACUGACAUAAGAAUACAUAGAAAAUCGACACAAAAGAAACGAUUUGGUGUUUACCCCAAAAUAUACCUGAUGCAGUGAUUAAACGAAACCAGUAUAAGGAAAAGUUUUGACUUAUGCAAGAUAAGUUUAUAUCUGUUGCGAAAUUCUUAGUAUUAAAUAUAUCACUUUCUUUGAAAUCUUUGACCUGAUGCAUAUCUUACUAAAUGGAAUAUUAACACUCCAGAAAAAGGAACCAACGGCUCAACACAACUAAGGAAAGGAACAUUAACUAUGAGAAAGGAAAAGUCCGCUUAGCAUACAUAUUGGUAUAAAUAUUACCCGGGUAAAAUCAAGGUCUAAAAAUGACAUCGGUCUUUUUUAAUGUUUGAUUUAGUACGAAUGUUUUUUGAUGGAUAAAUUUCGGUUAUAUACAUAGAAAAGUUGUAAUUGAUUACAGAUAAUAUAUCAACUAAAUAUCUGCAGGUGUUUAAUCUUUUUCUGGCAUGUCCAAUUGAUUUAUUUUUUGAAAGUUUGUUACUGAAACAGGAGUUGAAGCAAAUUCAACCGAUAUAAAUAACACAAAAUUAAGUUGAUAGAAACAUUUCGUUUUGAUUAGUUGUGUGGUAAUGUAGUAUACAUGUUAGAGAAAUCAUAACUGUCAACAGAGGUAAACCAUCCUUGAAAGGAUUGUUAGUUAUAAAAAAUUUCCAAUCACAGCUGAGUAGUAAGUGCAUCGGUAAAGACAGGAUUUAAUUGGUUGAUCUAUACGAUGUGUCUGUGUCUAAACUAACUAACGACAUUUUUACCACGUCUUAGAUUGUGGUUUACCAUCUACGUCGUCUGGUCUUUUAAGUACCGAACGUGACCUAUUCCCGAAUAUGACUGUUUUGCUGAGUGUAAAUUCGCAUUGAAAUUAGACGUGUUUUCGUAUUUGUACAUCCAACAUUCAUGUAUUUAGUUAUGAUGUUUCAUUUGUAAUUCUGGUUGGGUGUUGUUUUAUGUCUUAUCGUUUGUGGUUUUAAUUCUAUUUUUAUUUUCUAUAUGUAUGUAAAAGUAAAGAUAUUAAUCACCUCGUUCAUUUAUAUGAUUUUUUGUUUAAAGCCACUAUAUGCACAGGAUUUUUUUGUUUUUACAGUUUGAUUUAAAAGAAAAACCGACAUGGUUAUAAAUUACAAAUAAUUACACCAUUACUAACACAAUUCUAUAUUAAUAUCCUUGUAAUGGUUAGAAAACACAUCAAAUAACACCAUUACAAACUUAAUCCAAAUUUUAUAUACUAUUCGUAGAAAUUUACCUGUGACGUCACUUGUUUUGGCGUUGUUACAUUCGUGUGACGCACAGUUAAUUAUUCUAUUGUGCUGUAUUUGUGUUCCGUCGUAAAUUGAUUUUAGAUGUUCGUUGUUAUUCUAUGGUUUACAUGUUGAAAUGUACUAUUAUAUUAUUAAUUUAUGUAUUUGUCUGCCCUGAAUGGUCUUGCAUUUAUUUGUACUGUAUUCCUGUCACAUAAUGCUGUCAUUUUAGCGGUAUUUUUAACAUAUAAGCGGGAGAUUUGGCUAGCCAUAAAACCAGGUCCAACCCACCAAUUUUUUCCUAAAAUGUCCUGUACCAAGUCAGGAAUAUGGCAGUUGUUAUCACAUAGUCCGUUUCUAUGUGUGUUGGGGUUUGUUUUUGCAGCAGUUCAGUAUUUCUGUUGUUCCGUUUUGUUUCCUCUUAAAGUUGAUGUGUUUCCCUCAGUUUUGGUUUGUGACCCGAAUUUGUUUCAGUUAAAUCGAUUUAUGACUAUUGAACAGCGGUAUACUACUAUUGCCUUUAUUUAUAACAUAACUAUCUUAAAUUCUCCUUUGAUCGAUUUAAUAUUAUUAGAAACAAAGGUUACAACUCGCUUAGACAAAGUUGACUUUGAAUGAAUUUGGCUAUUCUGUAUGUUCUUUUUUUACAUCUUUGACUUUUUAAUUUUUGGGUUUGUGUGUUCCUGAUGAAGGUUAAUCCUGAAAAUCACUUCAGACGAACCAAAUUUAUAAAGUGUUCUUGACAACCUAUAAAUAGUUCAUCCUGAUAUGAACUUAGCUUUGCAACAAUCAUUUGAAGUUGAAAACAUAUUUGAUGCGGAUAUAAAACAAAAUUUAUAAGACUUCUUUCAUAAUUUUAAAAGCAAAUACAUAGUCGGGGGAGCACUGUAGUGUUCAAUAGCAACUUUUAGUCCAGUCGAAGUUAAAGUGUGUUCAUCUACGAUCGUAUCGUUAUAAGCCUGGUAUCUUGAAUGAGUUUUACAACCACUGGGUCGAUGCCACUGCUGGUGGAUGUUUCUUCCCCGACGGUAUGUGCUACCCAUAGUAAGCACUAUUGCAUUUACAUGAAAUAUCUUUGAUAUGUUCAUUUUACUGUAAAUGAACUGUUUAUAAACUGUUGAAUUAUUCGAAACACUUAGGUUUUUCUACCCAAAGGUUUAGAUUGCCUUAGCCUUAUUUGGCACACUAUUUUUAGAUUUUUAAAAUUUUCCAAGCUCUUCAAAAUUAUUGAGACUGGUGGCUCUCAUGAGUUUGGUUUAUUUUUUUAUUGUUAGAGGAAGUUUAAGGUAUGAAUAUUUUUAUCUCAGUUUUGAGUAUUUCGGAUUAGUAUUUCCGUCAAGGUGCAAACACAAUGAUUUGGUUUAGUAUUUUAUUUGUUUUAAAGUCUAGAUAACUUCUCGGUCUUUGACAAUGCUAAGUUCUAUUUACAUAUUACAGUACUAAAAAAUUACGUUUUUGAUCUUCUUUUCUGUUUAAAUGAGGGAACAGAUUAUGAUAACAAAGUAACUAAUAAUAUGUGUUUUUUUAAAGAAAAUUAUUACAAUCUGAUACGAUCGAAUUUAAUUGGGUACGAUUAAUUCUACUGGGUUUACAAAGUAAACUAUAUCUUUCGGUGUUUGAGUAGAUAUUUGAAAGAUCUUUAAGAUUAACGCUAUACUAAUAUAAUAAGGUCUCCGUUUAUUUUGAUAGUGAUGUUUUGUUUGUUUCUAGUUUCGUUAAAUCCCACUGUGUUAUACCCCACUCCUCACUGUUUUAUCCCUGUCUGUCCAUCCGUCCUAUGAAAUUUCAGUCACAUUUUCUAAGGUGCAAAACAUCACAGCUACCUAAAAUUUGGUAUCAGGUUUUAUGUGAGCAUGCUAUACUAUGCGAUGCACUUUCAGAUCUAAUUUAUAACUAUUUACCAACUAUUAUAUAUUCUAACACUUAAUUGCCAUGUAUGAAAUUUUCGUCGAAUUUUACUAGGGAACUACACAUAAAAGCUUCCUGAAACUUGUUAAGAUUUGCGUUAACUAGUUAGUUAAGCCGGUUUGAGUGAGAAUAUUAGUUUUAACAGAAAGAAGAUAAUAUUCUUCUAAGUAAUCAACACAAAUAGAAAAGGUAAAAUACGUUCAAAAAUUGUAAGAUACUUUAAGAGCCAAUAUGCCAGAAAACCAUGCAAAACCGUCCGAAUGUCACUUUUACCAAUAAAGUUGCAUAUUAUGAUUUUUUCAUUUUAACAUGUUUAACUACCAUUUUGACGGUAUAAGUUGCGUUUAGAUGUUUUUUUUCCAAAAUAAUGAUUAUUAUCAUGUAAUGAGAUUAAGAAGUUUUUUCGUGUAAGAUUUUGGAGAAGAUAUCUUUAAACGACAACACAGUAUAUAUUAAUACCUAUUUUAUAUUUAAUCAGAAUACAGGAGAACGCUGACCAGUGCCCCAGAUAAAAGGACAUCAUCCAAAAUAAUGGGAAUAAUUGGUGGAACUGUUAUAAUCUCUGUGAUUGGAUUUAUAGUGCUACUGGACUGUACCACCUGC